CAUCGUAGAAAGGAGCUAGCUCGGUUGCCCCCAUUGCAUACUCUCCCUACCGCCGCCCUCUCUCCAGUCUCCAUUCCUCUUCUCAUACACCGCGUCCCUCCGGCUGUCCCAGCCUUCGCCGGAGCCGCCAUUCUCGAUCACUCUGCUUCUUCGGGGCCGCUGAAUCGGGGCUUUCUUCGGUGGCGGCCAUGGACUACACCAACGCCAUCCACAUCAUCCCGGAUGCCGCCGGCCCCGAGGCCUGGGCCAACUCGGCGGCGCCGCCGGGCGGGGAUUCCGGGAUAUGGGCCACCGAGGACGACUACAGCCAGUGGAACGCCGACCCGGGGCUGACUGUGGGCGGAUAUGGCGGCGAUAGGAACUCCUCGCAGCCGCGGUCGAGGGACGGCAGCGAGCAGCCGCUGGGCAAGAAGCCCCGGGGCGGCGGGCCGUCGGGCGGCGGCGGUGGCGACGCCGGCAGCACCAGCAAGUCACGGGCGAUAGGGAAGAUGUUCUUCAAGACCAAGCUCUGCUGCAAGUUCCGGGCGGGGACUUGCCCCUACGUGACCAACUGCAACUUUGCCCAUGGGAUGGAGGAGCUCCGCAAGCCGCCGCCCAACUGGCAGGAGAUCGUGGCGGCGCACGAGGAGGCGACGGAGCAGAGGGAGGAGCACCAGAUCCCGAUCAUGACGUCGUCCAGCGUUGCGGCGCCCGGUGACAGCGUCUCCGGCAGGGCGUACAAGGGCAGGCACUGCAAGAAGUUCUACACCGAGGAGGGGUGCCCCUAUGGUGACGCGUGCACGUUCUUGCACGACGAGCAGUCCAAGGCGCGGGAGAGCGUGGCGAUUAGCCUGUCGCCGUCGGUUGGCGGUGGCAGCUACAGCUCUCCCACCGCUGCUGCGAAUGGACCUACCAUUCUGAAGCCGUCGAACUGGAAGACGAGGAUCUGUAACAAGUGGGAGAUGACUGGAUACUGCCCCUUUGGUAGCAAGUGCCACUUUGCUCAUGGAGCUGCUGAACUACACAACUAUGGUGGGGGCCUUGUCGACAUUGAUGGCAGGGACAUUGCACCGACUCCUGACUCGAAGCAGGCUGCGUUGUCUGCAAAAGCUCCUGCUGAGACCGCUGCCGCAUCCACUGCUGCACCCCCUCACGCAGACGUGUACCAUCUCGGCAUCCAAUCACAGCGUUCCACCUUGGCCGGCCAAAGGUCGGGGCAGCUACCGAGGCCUAUCCAGAAGUGGAAGGGCCCUGACAAGAUCAGCAGGAUCUAUGGCGACUGGAUAGAUGAAACCGACUAGGAAGAGGAACGCCUGUGUUGCUCGUCGUCGUUACCCAGUUAAUAAGUUUUAGUUGGCAUUGCAAAAACCUGUUUCCGGAAGAGUCUGUGUGUGAUACCGAAAAAAUCUCUGUUGCCGUGACUUCUGCUGUCUCUGUUUUAUGCAUGGUUGAGAAGAGUUCUGGAUCUUAAAGUCUGAAACAUCAGCAUGUACAAGGACUUUGGAGCUUAGGCAUAAGCAGUUUGCUGUUCUUCUGCAUAUGGUGGAGGAACUGCAAAUGUCGAUAGAAGAUGAGCACAGGAGCAUAUAUAGCAGAUGAGCUCAGGGUGGCCACUGAAGAGCGUCAGAUUGGCAUAGAGGAGGGCAGCGGCGGUGCUCCAGAUGCCAUGGCUGUGGACUGAUCAAUGAUCCCAGCACUAGCGAGUUGCACGCUGGAACAUGCUUCAUAGUUUUCGGUCACUUAUAUCUUGUUUUGUAGUAGAACAACCUUUGGCAUUGAUGUAAGUUUCUUACAACUGUAAAGCUGUAAUUCAGUGUCGAUACUCUUACCUUUCUUGUGUGUAAAGCUGUAAUUCAGUGUGGAAACUCUUACCUUUCUUGUGCGUAAAGACAAGGCAGGAUACAAUGCGAUGCAACAUCUCCAGAUUAAGUUAA